AUGACGACCGUCACAGAGGUGAGGACGGAGAUCCUCACUGUCCCGCUCAAGUCGGGCCCCAUCACGGUAGAGCAGGAGGAGACCUCGAGGCUUGAACUCGCAGAUAUACCCCUGCCGCCUCCAUCCAAAGAGCCUACGGAGGUUCUGAAUGUGGACAAGCCGACGCCUGAUUACCACGUUCCUCGCGACCCUCGUCUGAUCCGAUUAACGGGUGUGCAUCCUUUCAACGUUGAGCCGCCACUUACUGCAUUGUAUAAUGAAGGGUUCUUGACUUCUCCGGAACUAUUUUAUGUCAGAAACCAUGGCCCUGUUCCUCUGGUCAAGGAUGAAGACAUUCCCAACUGGGAGAUCAGUAUUGAAGGUCUGGUGGAGAAGCCGCUAGUCUUGAACUUCCGUCAGAUACUACAGCAAUACGACCAGAUUACUGCCCCCAUCACCAUGGUAUGUGCCGGAAAUAGACGCAAAGAGCAGAACACCGUAAGGAAAUCCAAGGGUUUCUCAUGGGGCUCAGCGGGACUGUCAACGGCGCUCUGGACCGGUCCCAUGAUGGCGGACAUUCUGCGCAGUGCUAAGCCUCUUCGGAAGGCCAAGUACGUUUGCAUGGAGGGUGCGGACAAAUUGCCCAACGGAUACUACGGUACAUCCGUCAAGCUCAACUGGGCCAUGGACCCUAAUCGUGGAAUCAUGCUUGCCCAUAAGAUGAACGGAGAGUCCCUUCGUCCAGACCAUGGUCGCCCUCUUAGGGCUGUUGUACCCGGUCAGAUCGGUGGCCGGAGUGUCAAGUGGCUAAAGAAGCUGAUUCUCACCGAUGCGCCAAGCGACAACUGGUAUCAUAUCUAUGAUAACCGAGUUCUACCUACAAUGGUAUCACCUGAAAUGUCUGCCAGUGAUCCUAAUUGGUGGCGUGAUGACCGGUAUGCAAUCUACGAUCUCAACGUCAACUCUUCCGUGGUAUACCCUCAGCAUAAGGAAAUGCUUGAUCUCUCAUUGGCUGGACCAACGUACACUGUCAAGGGUUACGCAUAUGCAGGAGGUGGAAGGAGAAUCACACGAGUCGAGAUCUCUCUUGAUAAAGGCAAAACCUGGCGUUUGGCGGACAUCACAUAUGCCGAAGACAAAUACCGUGAGUUCGAAGGCGAUCUUUUCGGUGGCAAAGUAGACAUGUCCUGGCGUGAAUCAUGCUUCUGCUGGAUUUUCUGGUCCCUUGAUAUCGCCAUUCCUGAGCUUGCAGAUACCGAUGCCAUUCUCGUCCGGGCAAUGGACGAAGCCCUAAGUAUCCAACCACGUGACAUGUACUGGUCUGUCCUGGGAAUGAUGAACAAUCCUUGGUUCCGAGUGAGCAUCACAAAGGAGAAUGGAAUGCUCUUCUUCGAGCAUCCGACUGAUCCUACUGGCCCUGGUGGUUGGAUGGAGCGUGUCAAGAAGGCGGGAGGUGACCUGGCGAACGGCAACUGGGGCGAGCGUCAUGAAGGAGAAGAGCCAGCAGUGCCUGAGGUCGAGAAGGAGGUCAACAUGAAAAAAGAUGGUGUGACCCGUGUGAUCGAUCUGCAAGAGUUCAAGAGCAAUUCCAGUGAGGAAAAGCCUUGGUUUGUUGUGAAUGGGGAAGUCUACGACGGCACCGCUUUUCUCGAAGGUCAUCCUGGUGGGGCCCAGAGCAUCAUCUCAUCCGCCGGACUUGAUGUAUCAGAGGACUUUCUCGCGAUCCACAGUGAAACUGCGAAGAAGAUGAUGCCCGACUAUCACCUCGGUACGAUGGACAAGGCCUCCCUGGAGGCACUUAAGAAUGAUAACGCACCGAAAUCCAGCGAGCCACGCGCCGAGUUUCUCCAAUCACGAGCGUGGUCGAAGAUGACACUAACCAAGAAAACCGAAGUAUCAUGGGACACACGUAUCUUCACUUUCCAGCUAGAGCAUGACAAGCAGACUCUGGGGCUACCCAUUGGUCAGCAUCUCAUGAUCAAGGUGCCGGACCCAGCCUCCAGCACGGAAUCCAUCCUCCGCUCCUACACCCCGAUCUCGGAAACCAGCCAAGAAGGCACGAUGGAUCUGCUGGUCAAGAUCUACUUCGACACCCCGACCCUGAAAGGCGGGAAGAUGACCACGGCGCUGGAGAAGCUGCCCCUGGGGUCGGCCAUCGACUGCAAAGGCCCCACGGGCCGAUUUGAGUAUCUCGGCCACGGCAAGGUCCUCGUCAGCGGCAAGGAGCGUUCCGUGCGCUCCUUCAAGAUGAUCUGCGGCGGCACCGGGAUCACGCCCGUCUUCCAGGUCCUGCGUGCUGUGAUGCAGGACAAGGCGGAUCCCACCACCUGCGUGGUCCUGAACGGCAACCGACAAGAGGAGGAUAUUCUGUGUCGGGCAGAACUCGACGCCUUCGCGGCGAUGGAUGACACGAACAAGUGUCAGAUCAUUCACACCUUGACCAAGGCGCCGGAUAGCUGGACCGGUCGUCGCGGACGCAUCUCGGAGGACAUGCUCCGCGAGUUCGCGGUCAAUGACGGAGAGAGCAUGGUGCUGGUCUGUGGCCCCGAGGCCAUGGAGAAGUCGGCCCGCACGAUCUUGCUGGCGCAAGGAUGGGCGGAGUCCGACCUCCACUUUUUCUGAUUCUUGGUCGGUCUGUUCUGUUCUGGGGGUCGUGAUCGUCCGGUGGGGUAGACCCUACAUUCGUACCUGUCCGUGGCUUGUAAAUAUGGUAUUGUUAUAAUAGAUGCGUCGAUACCAGCUGUCCACAUAUGUCCAGUAAAUCUAACUUGAGAUACUAGCUUUUCCACCCCUUCUUGUCCAU